CCUAAACAUGAACGUAUUAUUGUUGAUUUGUUCGUGUAUUCUAAGCACUUUUGCGCUCGCUGAAGGAAAUUGCGGUUCUCGUCCAAUCACCAGAAUUGUGGGUGGUCACGAGGCUGCUAUAAACAGUUGGCCAUGGCAAGUUAUGUUGAGGUAUUCGUCUGGUUUCCCUUUUUGUGGAGGAUCUCUCAUCGAUCCGAGUUGGGUUGUAACCGCAACGCAUUGCGUAACAGACACACACCAUUCUAGUGUUAAAGUCAGGUUGGGCGCUCACAGCCGCGUGGGUGAAACUGUUGGAACUGAGCAAGACAUUGACGUUGCGGAGAUUAUCACCCAUGAAAAAUACCAUUCCCCUCUGAGAUAUAGUCACGACAUUGCCCUUCUCAGAUUGGAAAAGCCCGCCAAGUUAGGCAAAGGAGUCGGUCUUGUCUGCUUGCCAGAUCUCAAUCUACCUCUUCCAUUAGACGACCUCAACAAGAGAAAGAAGUGUUGGAUCACAGGGUGGGGAAGACUAUCCUCUGGUGGUGCUGUCCCUUCAGUUCUACAGCAGAUUGAUGUACCACUGGUGUCAAAGCAGCGCUGUUUGAAGGGGUACCCAGGAAAGAUUCACGACUCCAUGUUGUGUGCAGGCCUAGACCAGGGUGGCAUAGAUGCCUGCCAGGGUGAUAGCGGUGGUCCUCUUGUUUGCGAGUUCAAUGGAAAAUGGUAUCUGGAGGGGGUGACAAGCUGGGGAUAUGGGUGCGCUGCGCCAGGAAAGUUCGGUGUCUAUGCUAAGGUUCGGAAUCUGCACUCCUGGAUCUCAAAAAAGAUAACUGGGGUUGUGCCACCGAAGCCAGAUUGCAAAGACAGCGAUGCUUUUGCCAGUCAGUGUCCAACUUUAGCAGGAUAUGAAGGCUACUGUAAAGACCAUCAUGAGUGGACCAGGAAGUAUUGUGCCAAGUCGUGUGGCUGGUGUUAGUAGGAACGCAAAUUUGGAUGCACGCUCAAGCGUAAGCCAUUUUCUUCAACACCAAAGUUGGGGUCGGAAUAAAUCCCGUAUUUAGAAGUUUAUAGCAGUGGUUGUUAGUUGUGGAAAAUAAAGUUGAAAAAAGUUUAA